GUGUUCGAUUCCAAACGACUCCUGCUAAUAUGACAUUUUUCGGUGGUUCCCCUCAAUUCAAAAUAAUGAUAAAUUUUAUCUGUGAUGUUCCUACAACUAUACAGUUAUACAAUGCGUGUUCACGUUUUAUAGUACAGUAGUAUGAUUAGAAAAAAAUGGUCAUCAGUACCUCGCUGUUCUCUGAGGUAUUUUUCUAGUGUGCUGGAGAAGCGGGAGGCGAAAGCAAAAAGACAGCAAGAAAAAGAGCUGAGGCAACUUGAGAAGUUACAGAAUACCACAACACAAAAAGAAAUUAAAACUGAUUUAUCUCAUGCUGAAUAUAAAUGUGAAACUGAAUCUGGAGCCAAGAAAGAUGUUACAUGUCAACUGCCAUCAACAUACAGUUCAAAAUUUGUUGAAGCAUGUUGGUAUGAAUGGUGGGAAAAGGAAGGAUAUUUCAAGCCAUCGAAAUCCAGGCGCAAUGAAGACGUUUUUAGCUUGGUGAUUCCACCUCCCAAUGUCACCGGGAAACUCCACCUUGGCCAUGCAUUAACAGUUGCAUUAGAAGAUGUUCUUUGUAGAUGGAAUAGAAUGAGGGGUAAAGAAGUAGUUUGGAUACCUGGAUGUGACCAUGCCGGUAUUGCUACUCAAGCUGUUGUAGAGAAAUUAUUAGAAACUAAAAAUACAACCAGAAAAGAUCUUGGCAGAGAAAAGUUUGUGCAAGAAGUCUGGAAUUGGAAAGAUAGAAAAGAAGAAGAAAUAUAUGAUCAACUUCGUGUACUCGGAUCAUCACUUGAUUGGACAAGAACUAAUUUUACUCUCAGUCCAAAAUUUUGUCAUGCAGUCAGGGAAGCUUUUAUAAGACUACAUGAAAAAGACAUAAUCUAUAGGAAGAAAAGUUUAAUAAACUGGUCAUGUCAGCUUCAGUCAACGAUUUCUGACAUUGAAAUAGACAAUAAACAAUUGGAAAAGCCAACUAUGAUAUCAGUGCCAGGUUAUAGAAAGAAAAUGGAGUUUGGAGUUCUUCACACUUUUGAUUAUCCAUUGGUCAACCCCACAACAGAAAGGAAUGCUAUCAGUGUCAGUACAACAAGAAUUGAGACAAUGUUGGGAGACACUGCUAUUGCUGUAAAUCCAGAUGAUCCAAGGUAUUCAAUAUUGAUUGGUUCCUUUGUACAACAUCCAUUGUUACCUGAUAUGGUUUUACCAAUUAUAGCUGAUUCUUAUGUUGACAAAAAUUUUGGGACUGGUGCUGUCAAAAUCACACCGGCUCAUGAUUUUCGGGAUUUUGAAAUUGGAUCGAGACAUGGUUUACCAUCUCGUAUUAUACUUGAUGAUCAGGGAAAUAUCACAAAUACGGGAAAUCCAGAUUUUGAUAAUUUGCCAAGGUUCGAAGCAAGAGAAAAAGUAAUCAAAUCAUUGGAUCAGGCUGGGUUAUAUAAAGGAAAAACUUCACAUGAGAUGACUUUGCCAAUCUGUAGUAGAUCUGGGGAUGUUGUUGAACCAAGAAUUAAAACGCAAUGGUUUGUAAGGAUCCAAGAUCUUUCACAACAAGCUAUCGAAGCUGUCCAAACAGGUCAAAUCCAAAUAGUACCGAAUUCUUAUCUUGCAUCAUGGUAUAAUUGGUUAUCAGAGAGCGAAGAUUGGUGCAUAUCUCGACAACUCUGGUGGGGACAUAGAAUACCUGCUUAUAAAGUUUCAACUCAUACAGGUGAGUCAAUGUGGAUAUCUGCUCACACUGAAUUAGAAGUAAAAUCAAAAGCUGAAAAAAUAUUCGGGGAAACUGGGAAAUUGCUUACAAUUACACAAGAUGAUGAUGUAUUGGAUACCUGGUUCUCCUCGGCGCUUUUUCCUUUUGUCUGUUUUGGUUGGCCGGAAAAUAAUCCAGAUUUGGAAAAAUAUUAUCCUUUAUCAUUGAUGGAGACAGGAUAUGAUUUACUAUUCUUCUGGGUUGCAAGAAUGGCAAUGAUGGGAAUUGCACUCACAGGGAAGGUUCCAUUUAACACAGUAUAUCUUCACAACAUGGUUCGGGAUUCACAAGGAAGAAAGAUGAGCAAGUCAUUGGGAAAUGUCAUCGAUCCACUACAAGUCAUUUAUGGCUGCUCACCUCAGGAACUUGACGAGAGAAUAAAAAUGAGCAAUUUGUCUAAGAAGGAAGAGAAGUAUGCAUUAAAGGAUAGAGCUAAAACACUUCCACAUGGUAUACCAGAAUGUGGCACUGAUGCUUUAAGAUUUUAUUUAUGUUUCAAUAAAAGCACAGGUAAAGAUAUUUCACUGGAUAUUCAUACGGUUGUUCAGUACAGAUAUUUUUGUAACAAGAUAUGGAAUGUAUUCAAAUUUUUAUUAAAGAAUGUUAGGAAGCAUAAAACUUCAGAAGACACUAAUAUUCAUGUCCUUCGACCAGUUGAUCAUUGGAUUCGUAGCAAGUUCAGUGCUGCAACACAUAUAACUAAUACAGGAUUGGAUUCGUUAAAUUUUUCUUCUGCAUCAUCUAUCAUUCAUAAAUUUUUUUUCGUUGACCUGGCUGAUUUUUAUUUGGAAAGCUGCAAGCCAGUUUUCAGCAAUGAUUCAUCAUCUGCGGAAAGAGUUGCGAUUGAAAAAAAUUUUGAAUUUAUAUUUGAAUCAUUUCUUCGUCUAUUGUCUCCUUUUAUGCCAUACAUUACAGAAGAAUUGUGGCAAAGACUUCCAAACAAAAGCGAAAAUUAUCAAAGUAUUAUGAUUGCGGGAUAUCCUACGGAAGAAUCGCAUAACUUCAGAAAUAUUCAAUUAGAAAAUGAGAUGGGAAAUGUUAGAGAUGCGAUUCAGUUGAUAAGGAACAUAAGGCAAACAUUCCAUGUGCCUACUUCUGCCUUGACUAAUAUUUCAAUAUCUUGCCAAAAUGAAGAUGAUCAUGCUUUUUCGAGCAAUGUGGAAGUCAUAAAAAGCCUCACGAAAUCAUGUGAUAUCAAGAUAUUUAAUAAUGGGGUUGAUGAACUUCCCGGUUUUGUAUCAAACAAUAUUCGAAAUACAAAUAUUCAAGUCUCUGUGCAAUUGAAGGGUCUCAUUGACAUUGAAACAGAAUUGAUGUCUUUACGUCAAAAAGAAAGUUUGUUGAAAAAGGAACUUUUUGAUUUGGAAGAAAAGCAAAAGAAUAUUGAUAAACAACAGUCAUUGAAAAAGAUCCAAGACAAGAUAUGCAAAGUUAAACAAUCCUUGUUGGAUUUGCAAAAUAUGAUUUCUACCCUCAACUGAGAUGAAGAUGGAACUUGACGAACUAGAUGUAUUUAUAUGAAAUUUUUAAAAUAAAUUCCAUAAACUUCCACA